UUUCUUCAGGAAAGUUCAUCUAACAGCCAUCAACCAUGAAGAUUCUUAGCUACCUCCUGGUUUACCGAAGGUUCCUGCUCAUUGUCCUCACCCCACUGCUUUUACUUCCACUUCCUCUUAUCAUCAAAACCAAAGAAGCAGAAUGUGCAUACACGUUGUUUGUAGUUGCCAUCUUUUGGCUCACAGAAGCUUUGCCACUGGCUGUUUCAGCUUUGCUCCCUGCCUUUAUGUUCCCACUGUUUGGUAUAAUGGGAUCCAAGCAGGUAGCAUCUGCUUAUUUUAAAGACUUUCAUGUGCUAUUGAUUGGAGUAAUUUGUUUGGCAACAUCAAUAGAAAAAUGGAAUCUUCACAAAAGAGUGGCUUUAAAAAUGGUGAUGCUGGUGGGUGUCAACCCUGCAUGGCUUAUGCUGGGUUUCAUGGUUAGCUGUGCUUUCUUGUCCAUGUGGCUCAGCAACACCUCUGCUGCUGCCAUGGUGAUGCCAAUCGUAGAAGCUGUAGCUCAGCAGAUCAUCAGAGCUGAAGCAGAAGCUGAUGAGCUGGAGAUGUCCUGCUCUAAUGGCUCCAUCAACCCCGCCCUGGAGCUGCACGAAAAUAUAGGAGAAUAUGAAAAUCCAGAUUGGAAAGAGAAAGAAAAACCAGUUAAUGGAUAUAACAACAAUGUGGAUAGUACUACAUGCACAGUUGAAAAAGAAAAUGGAAAAGGAAAUGAGCAGAAUCUACCACCUGCUGAAGCAGAGAGAAAAAGCAGAAAUGACAAAUACAGUGGGAUUUUCAAAGUGAUGUGUUUGUGUGUGGCUUAUUCUGCUACCAUUGGAGGACUGACCACAAUCACAGGAACAUCGACUAAUCUGAUUUUUGCUGAGCACUUCAAUUCACGCUAUCCAAACUGUCAGUGCAUCAAUUUUGGAUCCUGGUUUGUCCUUUCCUUCCCCAUUGCACUUGUUAUUCUGCUGCUCUCCUGGGUCUGGCUCCAGUGGCUUUUCCUUGGGUUUGAUUUAAAAAACAUGUUCAAGUGUGGUAAGAAGAAAACAGCUAGAGAAGAGGCCUCAUCACAGGUGAUUCAGGAGGAGUACAAGAAACUUGGACCAAUUAGCUACCCAGAAACUGUUACACUUGUCCUGUUCAUUCUAAUGACCCUCCUGUGGUUCACCAGAGAUCCUGGCUUCAUCCCAGGAUGGUCUUCACUUUUCCCAAAAUAUAAAAGCUAUAUUACGGAUUCAACAGCUGCCUUAGUGAUAGGCCUCCUGUUCUUUAUUAUUCCAGCAAAAACAUUGCCUAGGACAUCGAAUGGAGAAAACACUGUUUCUGGCUACAUUCCACUGAUUACUUGGAAGGAAUUUCAGUCAUGCAUGCCCUGGGAAAUAGCUAUUCUUGUUGGUGGCGGGUUUGCACUGGCAGACGGCUGCGAGGUUUCAAAACUUUCUGAGUGGGUAGCAAGUAAAUUGACCCCUCUAGGAUCAUUACCCUUGUGGCUGAUUAUCCUGAUAUCCUGCCUUAUUGUCACUUCAGUAACAGAAGUAGCCAGCAAUCCAGCUACCAUUACAAUCUUUUUGCCUAUACUAUCUCCUUUGGCUGAAGCCAUUCAUGUGAACCCACUUUUCAUUUUGAUACCUGCUACUUUGUGUACUUCCUUUGCAUUCCUGCUUCCUGUAGCAAACCCAGCCAAUGCCAUUGUGUUUUCAUACGGUCAUUUAAAUGUUAUGGACAUGGUGAAAGCUGGCUUGGGCAUUAACAUCAUCGGAGUUGCUGUAGUUAUGCUUGGGAUUAUGACAUGGAUAGUGCCUAUAUUUGAUCUCUAUACUUACCCAAGUUGGGUACCUAACAUUCCAUCUAUAAAUGGCACUGGGCUGUAAAAAAAAAGAAAAAGUUUCCUUUUCAUUUUUCACAUGUGGUGAGUCACUUAAAAUGCUUUCUAUCACCACAAUGAUAAGGAUCUACAUUACUAUAAAUGCUGUAUUUCACAGUCCUAGAGACUGAUGAUCCAGUCUGAGAGUCUAAUCAGGAAGAGUGCUAGACUUUCUAAAGAGCAUAGUUAGAUCAGUUUUCUAAUCUAGUUCAGCUAGUCUGAAUUUUUAUAUCUUCAUGUUAUGAAGGAAAAAAAUAAAUGUGCAUAGCCAUUAUCAUGGGCAAUUUGCCCCCAUUCUCAGGGUAGCAGAAUAAUUAAAUUUAGAUUUUAUUAUCUCAAAUACAAAUCCUUGUUAUUACUUAUUUGGGGGUUGUCAGAGACAUGUUGGUUUUCUGUUUUCUAGACUCAAGCUCUGUUUGAAACAGUGUUGAUCACAAAAAAAAGAUCAGGGAGGGGACUGUCUUGAUCGCACAGUUUACAGACCAGUUAAAAAUGCACAAAUAAUGGAGAAGAGCAGCAUGACCACUUACACAGCACUUUAUCUAUUAAGCACCUUGUAACCUGGAAGGAGAAUGCAUACUUAAGCAUAUGUUUAUGCUAUGUCCUCCCAGGACCUCACUAAAAUAUGUUGUUGCUCUCGUAAAAGAAAAAAGUAUACAUUUCUCUGGAUAGACAUAUGUUGAUUGAAAUCAGCUGAUCUGUACAAAUGGAGACUAAAUUAUCAUCGUACCUCUCUGCCAAAAGUAGAUAUAUCUGCUUGAGGAAUGAAACCAUAAGACAGUGCUGAAGAUUUAACAGUCAAUCUGUCCAGCACGUGAAUCUUCACCAGGAGGCCCAUGAUAUCUGCAGGACAGGUGGCACUUUAAGGUUACUAGACUGUGUUAAUAUUGUAAUGUUCUAAACAAAAUAGUGUAAUGUGGUCAGAAUGUAAGUUGGAGUUCAAAGAUAUCUACAAGUAACUAUAUUCUAUUUGGUUGUUACACAUUUUUCACCGUACAGACAAUAGCUUUACUUGUUGUGAGGAUCUGUGAGAAUUUAUAAAGAGCAUGUAGUCUGAAUGUAGUCUGAACGAAGGCUGCAUGUAUUUAGAUUGGGUAAUGCCUUGGGAUAUCCAUAUGAUAGUUGUAAACAUCAAUCUGUGUUUUAAAGAUAGUGUCCAUUUUUUCUAAGAACAACAACAACCAAAAAAUGCUGUUGGUUUUUGAUUAAUGGUCUACAUUUAUUUUUGGUACUGCAUAUGUCAGUCAUGACUUCUGUAAUGCCAGGAUGCAGUGUAUAACAUUGUAUAUGUAGCUUGUUACCUGGAACUAUUAGUUGCAGGUUCAGCUGCAACAAAUUAUUAAAGAAGCACUUUUUCUUAACGAAUGAUUCUGUGUAGGUAUUGAAGUAAGUAUUGGUGCAUGACACCAUGCUUUUAAGCCUGAUUGAGGCUGCUAUCACAAUUUUUUUUAUGCCGUGGCAAAAUAGGGCUAUGACCAUCACUGGGGCAAUUAGGAGCUGCCACUAUACAAAUAAUGCUUAUUGAUCCCCUGUAGCAAUGAUCAUCAUUACAGAUAUACAACACUUGGCUAAAUGUAGUCAGGUACCUAAGGGAAAUGCUGAUACAAGUAACUAAUCCAAGAUUCAAAUCCUGGAUUAUAUCAUAUGGUAUUUUCCCAUAAGCAUGUGCAGUGCAGGGGCUUGUGGCUUGUUCAGGCCUUUGGUCCUAAAGGCCUAGAGAGGAAGACCAGCAAAGAGUGCUCUUACUUAAAGGUAUCACUUUCCAAUGUUGUCAGUAAUUUCCCUAUUAUUCAAGAGCAGUGGAAACAGUAAAUCACAAUAUUUCAAGUAGAAGAGAUCUCAGAAGUAUCCAGUCUUGCUCAAAGCAAGAUUGUUACUCUGUUCAUACCAGGCUGCUCAGGAAUUUGUUUAGUCAUCUUGAAACUCUUCAACAUGAAACCCAACAUGCACAAUUUCCCUGACUAAUGUUCUCCAGUGCUUUACUGGCCUUGUGGUGAAAUAUUUUAUCUUUAAACAAAUGAGCAAACAUAUCAAUUUCAGGUUAACACACUCAUUAUUCUCCCUUUUAUUUGGGAUAGAUUCUUUUCUGUUUGUAAAACCAGUUUUUUUUUUUUACUUUUUCAUGAACAAUGAAAAAGAGAAGACAGUCCUCUUUAUGGCCUUAUGUUCACCAUUCCCACUGGAUGUGGUAUUUUUAAUCUCCACAGGUCUGAUCUGCAAAGCCUUACAAUCAUGUCACAACUGUUGUUUAGCCAAAGGAAAUCUGAUAACUGCUCCUGAGCUGACAUCGAGUUUUAUGAAUUUUCCCAAAACAGAAUUGGCUAUAAUUGGUUAUAACCUUGGCCCUGAAAACGACAAUGAGGUCUACAGGUCCAUGAAUGCACUUUUCAGGCUUUGACACCAGUAUUAUCUCAGGCUGCAUAUCUUCAUGGAAGAAAAUAACCAUUUUGCACCAGUUAAGAGAACUCUUGAGGAGCUGUCGACCAUAACAAGUGAUACAGCUUUCAGUAAAGUUAAAGCUGUUUGUGCCAGUUGAUUUUCAGACAUUCAUUUUCUUUACUUUCUGUCUUAUUCAGAAAAUCAGUAUGACAACAAAAACAUGUCAUGUCUGAACCCUCAUGUAAUUCAGACCACAGAAUUUCCCAAAAUUAUUUUUUCAGGGAAGACAUUAUGGUUCAGUAUCUUAGUAAACAAGCAAAAAUAAUAAAAUUGUUCCAUGAAGGAUGCAUUUUUAAAAACUAUUUUCGCUAAAAUUGGUGUAUGCAGUGGAUAAUACACAAAGAGACAAGGGAGAGAUUUGUAAAGUUGGUCAUGACUUGAACCUCAUGUUUUUGUAAUUUGUUGAAAUGAACACAGAAUUAUAUAUAAACCGACUUUCAGCAACCAACAUCUUAAUUGUGUCAUAAUGUACUAAAUUAGUGACAAAAGUAAAUGAAUAAGCAUGAUGUUUUUGGAGACUGUAUCUUGUAAGUAAGGCAGUUAUGAACAAUUAGGUUGGUAGUACUGGGAAAGUAGGCUCUCAGCAGGAUUAUUAACUUUUUUUGCCAGAAGUUUAGGGAAUGGGUGAGACUCAACAUUUGAGAUUAUUUGUUGUUAUUACUAACUUAUUUUUAAAGCUUUUAGGAAUGUUUUAAGUAAAAAAUUAACAACCCUGCAGUGCAGGGAUUAAUACUGAUAUUAUAUUCCCUACCUGACAUCAUUGAAAUGGAGG